AUGGAAAAUUCAGAAAUCAGAAAGCGGAGUGUGGCGGACAAACAGCAUGCAACGUCCAAUGAAAGAGUCAAUAAGUGGAGGCCAAGAGGAGUGUGCAUUAUUCGUUCUUCAAACACCAUUACAUUAGCCAAGCUCCAUAUACUUUUGCAACUUAUAAGCAAGUUCGAUUUGACGUUUUUCACCACGAGUGAAGGUAUUGCACCUGUACGCACGCACCCACUGAAGCACGAGUUCACCAGGAACGACUAG